ACAUACUUCACAUACAAAAUCGCUUUAGCUUCAACUCUCUUAUUCCACAUCAAUUUAUAAAACCCAAUUUCAUCCAAAAAUCAAUUUCAGUUGUGAAAAAAGUUAAUCCAAACACUAAUUCAGAUUUUAUCAUAGUAGGCGCGAGGUUUAUAUAAAUCUUGACGGAAACAGAAAGGCUCGAGGGAGAAGAAGGUAGAGAUGUCUCGAACGCUGGUGCAACCGAUAGGUCAGAAGAGGCUAACGAACGUGGCGGUGGUGCGUCUCAAGAAGCACGGCAACCGCUUCGAAAUCGCCUGCUAUCCGAACACCGUCCUUUCUUGGCGUUCCGGCGUCGAGAAGGACAUCGAUGAAGUCUUGCAGUCUCACACCGUUUAUUCCAAUGUUUCCAAAGGAGUUCUUGCCAAGUCUAAGGAUUUGAUCGCUGCUUUUGGAACCGAUGAUCACUCCGCCAUAUGCUUAGAGAUUUUGAAGAAGGGGGAGCUUCAGGUUGCUGGCAAAGAGAGGGAGUCAUUGCUGUCGAGUCAGUUUAGGGACAUUGCCACCAUUGUCAUGCACAAGACUUACAAUCCGGAGACUCAGCGCCCUUACACCAUCAGCAUGAUUGAACGCCUUAUGAGGGAAAUCCAUUUUGCUGUUGAUCCACACAGCACUUCCAAGAAGCAGGCUUUGGAGUUGAUUCACGAGCUUCAAAAGCAUUUCCCUAUAAAAAGGUGUCCAUUAAGAAUACGAGCUGCUGCUCCGGAGGACCAAGUGUCUGCCCUUUUGGAGAAGCUGAAUGAGUGGAAGGCAACCGUUAUUUCUAAAGAAGGUUCUGCUGCUCAGUUAUCUGUUAUUUUUGAGUUGGAACCUGGUCUAUAUAAGGACUGUCAUGACUUCAUAAUGGAUAAGAUGCAUGGAAGAUUUGAAGUUCUUGCUCACUCUCUUUACGUGGAGGGGGAUACCCAAGUGGAUCAAUACAAUGAUGAUGAGGAUAUGCAUGCACCAUUGUCCAAAGAAACUAGUGAAUCUGUGCUUGAGCUGAAUGAUAAACUUGAAAAGCAAACAAUUUCAUCUACGAGUAAGCCAACAGAGGGGCAGCAAUCAAAGCAAAACAAGUGCAACACAUGUAAUGUUUCAUUUGAAGACUCUAAGCUGUACAGGGAACACCACAAGACUGAUUGGCACAAACACAAUAUGAAGCGCAAGACAAGGCAACUCCCACCACUUACCGAAGAAGAGUGCACGGCAGACAUGGAACUGGGUGACUCAAAAUCUGAUUUAAAGGAUUACUCAUUUUGAGUUGACAAUCUGUGUUAAAGAUGUUACCAGGGAGAUCACUUUAUGUCAAGUCUAUACUUGUGCAAAUUUUGUCAUGAUAGUCUGGGUUGUUGUAAAAUGUUCACAGGGAAGUCCUUAAAAUGUAAAUUACCUUGAGCAUGCUCCAUUAACAAUUACAUAGAUCAAUGCUCUUUGUUUUUCCUUUUGUCUGGCAGUGUUGUAAUUCACCGUGCAUAUGAAACUAAAGAUUGUUGUAGAUUUGCUUCAUCAUGGGCAGUGGUUAAAGAAGAAGCUGGUUGUCUCCCGAUGUA